AAACGUCAACAAAAAGGCUGCAGGAGGCUCCUGGCAGUGAUUUCCUCUGGCGCGCACACACACACUCUGCCCGUGAGAAUAAACAUCGACCUGGACCUUGUUAUUGUUUUAAAUUCGUCUUAAAGGUUGCAGACUCAGUUUAACAUUUCCUUCAGUGAGGAUGGAUCUGAACAGACGCGUGUCCUCUGCAGGUUACCGGUUACCGGAACGAAACAAAAGCACCAGACCGAAAUCCUCCCAGCCUGCAGCCGACAGGAGCCGCCACGUUAGAGGAGACAAGGAGUCCACGAGGGAGACUCUGGAGAAGAGUGACACCGUGAAACAAGACCAAGUGUGGAAAGAAGUGGUGUGGGGAGAGAGGAGAGGAGUCAAGGAAUGGGAGAAGAACUGGGGCUUUCUGAGGAACUAUGAUCAGAUGGGUCAGCUGAAGCCGGAGAAAACUUUACCCAGCUAUGUGCCUCUCUUCUCUGACUGCGUCCCCAACACCACCAACCAGAUGUGUGGCAGCAGACUGUCCACUCCACUGGGGAGUGAACUGGUCAGACUGGACAGGCUGUUGCUCUGGUCUGCUGGCAAACACAAGCGCAAGCUGGAUCCAGAGAUGCUGCCCUGCUAGAGCGCUCUGGAUAUAAGUCACUGCACAAUCUUCUGUGGAUUCUUCUAAACUGGGACCACUGUCUGAAGUGGGACUCAGUUUAGGAUGUCAGGUUUAUUUUUUUCUUGUUUAAAUUAAAGACUAAUAGAUAUAAAGAUGAAUACAUCUACUUAAAGCCAUAUUAAAUGAGUAAUAAUAAAAGGAUGUUUUCUGUCCUAGUUUUAAGUAGAUUAUCAGUUGUUUAUUGAUCACAUUGUACUUUGGUUCAGACACUGAGUUCAUUCUUGUUCUGAGUUUGUUAUAUUCAACAAGAAUAAACUUAAUGUUGGGGCAUUUUCUCGCAGAUAAAGAGGGAAGUGAGAAAGAGGGACACCAGCAGAUCACAUUCAUGUCACUCGAGCUCCAUCGGGUAUCUAAUACUCAUUCUAACAAGGCACCUGAUCAAAUUUGGAUGAGUAAAGUAGCACCAAUACUCUCUCAGUGCACUAUGAGGGCUGCAUGGACACAAAUACCAAGCACAAAAAACAUAGCACACACUUAUAAUAACUUACCAUAAGAGAGUGUAACUUACUGAUGCUUUUGCACAAUACAUAAUUAUGGGAUUCAAAAUGUUUUAUGAAUUUAAAACAGCUUAAAAAGCUAUUAAAUAUUGUUACGUGAUUGGGAUGUUUUCACCGUGGAGUCCAUGUAAUUAUACCCAUGAACAAAUUGUAGCAGAUUUCAGUUUGCACUUUACAUGAGCUGCAGAAUAUUUUAAGGUUUUAAACAUGUUUGUAUCUUGUAUUGUUGUAAUGAAUCACUGCCCUCUUGUCCAAUUUGAAUGAAAAUGUUUGUCCCCUUGAAUUUUAAAAAGUUCUCAGGUGGUCAUGUGAUGUGGAUGUUGUUAAACUGAAAUACAAAGUCAGUGAGUCAUUUGAAAUAAAGGCUGUGCGGAAAUUAAA